AUGGACAAAUGAUAAUAUUGGUUUCGCGCGAAAUGUGUCAUGACCAGUUUCUUUUCUUGUGAACUGUGAUUUUCUCGUGAACCGUGAUCUGCUAAACAGCCGUGAUACGUGAUUCCUUUUAAUAAGCGUGCAUCACCGCUUUCGUCAGUGGCUGUCAACCACUACUGCGUGAAGAUCAUGAACCAGAUAAAAAUGUGACCCUCUUGGAUGUGAAACUUGGAGGAAAGGAACAGAAGGUGUCAGUGAGUGUUUAUUACCGACAUUAACGUUACAAAAAAGUUGGAAAAUUAUUGUGUUCCCGUCUUAAGUUGAAUUAGCUGAGCAGUAGUUUAAAAAUUUCCUUAGCAGAGCUGUACUAGUAUAUCUUUUAGUAUUGAAAAUAAAAUGUCGUUUCUAUUUGACUCCCCAGUCUUUUCUGCUGGUAUAGUAAGCAAAAAUGUUUUUCACGUACGCGCUGCAGACCUUUGACCUCCUUUGCUUUGUCAUACACGAAGCAUCUACUUCCAAAAAAAGAACAACAUGGCGGCAAUUGUGAAGUCGCCGAAUGACCCCAGAGAUUACAGGGUCAUACAUUUAGAAAAUGGUUUAACAGCACUGCUAGUAUCAGAUACACAAUCAGUCACUCAUCGCAAACACCAUGACAGUGAUAUGUCAACAACAGAUGAUGAAGAUGGGUGUAGUGAAGACCUUGAUGACGAGAGUGAUGUUGAUGACGACGACGACGAUGAUAACAGUGAUGAUGGUGAUGAUGACAUUGAUGGAGUAAUUGGCGAAGAUCCUGAUAGGGACCAAGAAAAUGAUUGUGAGAGAUUGAGAAAAGCAAAAGAUACAAAACUAUCUGCUGCAGCCCUUUGCAUUGGCAUUGGUAGCUUUUCUGAUCCAGACCAUGUUCCAGGAUUAGCUCACUUCUUAGAACAUAUGGUUUUUAUGGGCAGUGAAAAAUAUCCUGAUGAGAAUGCCUUUGAUGCUUUUAUCAAGAAACAUGGAGGAUCAGAUAAUGCUUCAACUGAUUGUGAAAGGACCACCUUCGUCUUUGAUGUCAGACGGAAGUACUUCAGGGAAACUUUAGACAGGUUUGCACAGUUCUUCAUUUCUCCUCUUCUUAAAGAAGACAGUGUCGACAGAGAAAUACAGGCAGUGGAAAGUGAAUUUAGAAUGAGUUAUCAGAGUGACUCUGUCAGGAAAAUGCAGCUCCUUGCUUUGCUGACUGAAAAAGGUCAUCCAUUUGGAAAAUUUCUGUGGGGAAAUGAAGAAACACUACAGAAAAUUCCUAAGGAAAAGAAUAUCGAUGUGAAUAAAUCUUUACGAGAUUUUCAGAAGAGAAUGUAUUCUGCACAGUACAUGACACUAGCUGUGAUUUCAGGAGAGUCUCUUGAUAAUUUGGAAAAGAUGGUCCGAGAAUCAUUUUCUAAAAUAUCCAAUAACUCACAACCAAAGCCAAAUUUUCAAGACUACACAAAUAUGGAGUUGUCAUUCAGUAAUAAUUUACUUAACUUUUUCUAUUUUAGGGUCAUACAUUUAGAAAAUGGUUUAACAGCACUGCUAGUAUCAGAUACACAAUCAGUCACUCAUCGCAAACACCAUGACAGUGAUAUGUCAACAACAGAUGAUGAAGAUGGGUGUAGUGAAGACCUUGAUGACGAGAGUGAUGUUGAUGACGACGACGACGAUGAUAACAGUGAUGAUGGUGAUGAUGACAUUGAUGGAGUAAUUGGCGAAGAUCCUGAUAGGGACCAAGAAAAUGAUUGUGAGAGAUUGAGAAAAGCAAAAGAUACAAAACUAUCUGCUGCAGCCCUUUGCAUUGGCAUUGGUAGCUUUUCUGAUCCAGACCAUGUUCCAGGAUUAGCUCACUUCUUAGAACAUAUGGUUUUUAUGGGCAGUGAAAAAUAUCCUGAUGAGAAUGCCUUUGAUGCUUUUAUCAAGAAACAUGGAGGAUCAGAUAAUGCUUCAACUGAUUGUGAAAGGACCACCUUCGUCUUUGAUGUCAGACGGAAGUACUUCAGGGAAACUUUAGACAGGUUUGCACAGUUCUUCAUUUCUCCUCUUCUUAAAGAAGACAGUGUCGACAGAGAAAUACAGGCAGUGGAAAGUGAAUUUAGAAUGAGUUAUCAGAGUGACUCUGUCAGGAAAAUGCAGCUCCUUGCUUUGCUGACUGAAAAAGGUCAUCCAUUUGGAAAAUUUCUGUGGGGAAAUGAAGAAACACUACAGAAAAUUCCUAAGGAAAAGAAUAUCGAUGUGAAUAAAUCUUUACGAGAUUUUCAGAAGAGAAUGUAUUCUGCACAGUACAUGACACUAGCUGUGAUUUCAGGAGAGUCUCUUGAUAAUUUGGAAAAGAUGGUCCGAGAAUCAUUUUCUAAAAUAUCCAAUAACUCACAACCAAAGCCAAAUUUUCAAGACUACACAAUCCCUUUUGAUAAAUCAAAAUUUCAUAAAGUAUAUAAAGGUAAGGUGAGGUUUAAUUGCUAUAACAUAANCAAAAAUGAUACCCUAUUUAAGGAUCAAGAAGGUCAAAAAUCCUACCCUAUCCCGCGCGCUUGUACAUGUAUCAUUAUCAAAUUUUCUUUUUCUCAGUCUGCUGCAGCCCUUUGCAUUGGCAUUGGUAGCUUUUCUGAUCCAGACCAUGUUCCAGGAUUAGCUCACUUCUUAGAACAUAUGGUUUUUAUGGGCAGUGAAAAAUAUCCUGAUGAGAAUGCCUUUGAUGCUUUUAUCAAGAAACAUGGAGGAUCAGAUAAUGCUUCAACUGAUUGUGAAAGGACCACCUUCGUCUUUGAUGUCAGACGGAAGUACUUCAGGGAAACUUUAGACAGGUUUGCACAGUUCUUCAUUUCUCCUCUUCUUAAAGAAGACAGUGUCGACAGAGAAAUACAGGCAGUGGAAAGUGAAUUUAGAAUGAGUUAUCAGAGUGACUCUGUCAGGAAAAUGCAGCUCCUUGCUUUGCUGACUGAAAAAGGUCAUCCAUUUGGAAAAUUUCUGUGGGGAAAUGAAGAAACACUACAGAAAAUUCCUAAGGAAAAGAAUAUCGAUGUGAAUAAAUCUUUACGAGAUUUUCAGAAGAGAAUGUAUUCUGCACAGUACAUGACACUAGCUGUGAUUUCAGGAGAGUCUCUUGAUAAUUUGGAAAAGAUGGUCCGAGAAUCAUUUUCUAAAAUAUCCAAUAACUCACAACCAAAGCCAAAUUUUCAAGACUACACAAUCCCUUUUGAUAAAUCAAAAUUUCAUAAAGUAUAUAAAGUGAUACCAGUGAAGGAUGUACAUCAGCUAGAGAUAACUUGGGUUCUACCACCUCAGCAAAAGUAUUACAGAAUCAAGCCAAUGCAUUAUGUAUCCUGGUUAAUGGGACAUGAAGGACCAGGAAGUAUUUUGUCACUACUGAUAAAAAAAUCUUGGGCUGGCAGUUUACUUUGCGGCAAUGGAGAAUCUGGCCAAGAACACAACACUAGUUUUGCUUUUUUCCCAUGUUUGAUUAGUCUUACAGAUGAAGGCAUGGACCACAUUUUUGAGAUUUUAACUAUUGUGUUUCAAUAUCUGGAAUUACUCAGACAGAAAGGACCACAGGAGAGAAUAUACAAGGAACUUCAGACCAUUGAGGAGAAUGAGUUCAGAUUUCGUGAACAGUGUGAGCCCUAUGGCUAUGUCGAGGACCUUGUGGAAAACAUGCAGCUUUAUCCCGAAGAAGAUUAUUUAACGGGAGAUCAACUGAUGUGGGAAUUUAAUGAAGAGGUUAUUCAAAAUGUCCAGAACAUGCUUAUGCCAGAAAGGGCCAAUAUUUUGCUGUUGUCCAAGAGGUUCCAGGAUGAAUGUACUGAUUAUGAGCCUUGGUUCCAGACUCCCUACAUCUGCUCAGAUAUUGAUCCACAGUGGCUUGAAAAAUGGAAAAAUCUGGAUUUGAACCCAGAACUCCAUUUUCCAGAAGAAAAUAAGUUCAUUGCCAAUGAUUUUGAAAUCAAAGAUCCUGACAGACCAGUUGGUGAGUUUCCAGAACUAGUCCAUGACUGCCAUCUCGGGAAGGUCUGGCACUCAAAGGACACAAAAUUCAAAACACCACGAGCCAGGUAUUAUUUUCAUCUUAUGUCGCCACUGGUAAACGCCACUCCUGAGAGCAUGGUUCAAUCCGACCUUUUUCUGAGUGUGUUGGAAUAUAACUUGAAGGAAAUCGCGUAUGCUGCCGAUGUAGCUCAGUUAGGUUAUUCCAUGACGGUCAGCGAAACGGGAAUUAUUCUUAAACUGGAAGGAUUUAACCACAAAUUAGCGCUGUUGUUUAACACGAUCACUGAUCACAUGGCAAAUUUUACUGUCAGUACUCAGACGUUUGAAAUGGUCAAGCGUAAGUUAAUGAGGUCAUACCGUAACUCGAUCAUCAAGCCACAAAAGUUAGUCAGGUCUGUUCGCCUGUCCAUCUUGCAACAUGUCAAAUGGACAACUGUUGACAAGCGGAGCGUCAUUCCUGAUGCCACAGUGGAGACUCUUCGACAUUUUGUUUCCUGUUUUAAAUCAAAGUUGUUUGUGGAGAGCUUGAUUCAAGGAAAUAUCACUUCGCAGGAAGCGAUAUCUUUGCAAGAGCAAUUGUAUAGUAAACUGCAGUUUAUGCCACUCAGCAGUUGCCUUCGUCCCGAGAUUCGAGUGAUCCAGUUACCAGAGGGUGAAUGCAUCUGCCGUGUGAUGGGAUUUAAUAAGGACGAUGAUAACACCGUCGUAACUAACUAUUACCAGUUGUUUGUUUUUACGGGCCCUCCUGUGACACUCUACUACAGACCUUAUCGUUUGGUUGUAUUGCUUUUUUUCCCCAUCCAAUUACAUAAAUCUUUGUUUAUUAUUCAGUCUGGUCCAGCCACCGUGGAAGAAUUCACAAUCAUGGAUCUUUUGCUGAUGAAAAUGGAAGAACCAUGCUUUGAUGUCUUACGCACUCAAGAACAGCUGGGGUACUCUGUGUUUUGUUCUUGUAGAAACACAUUUGGAGUUGUAGGAUUUUCAGUCACUGUUCAAACGCAAGCGGGAAAAUUCAGUGCAGAACAUGUCGAGGGUCGAAUUGACGCAUUUUUAGAUGAAUUUGGUGACACUUUACGUGCUCUUUCAGACGAAGACUUCAAGAAUCAGGUGGACUCGCUUAUUGAACUGAAGGAACACGAGGAUCUUAGUUUGGCAGACGAAGCCGACAGAAACUGGACUGAAGUUUUGGAUCAGACCUACAUCUUCAACAGAAAACGACGAGAGGUGGACAGCUUAAGAAAACUGAGCAAAGAAGAUCUUUAUCAGUGGUUCAUGUCCCACAGGAAAGGUGGUGAUAAAUAUAAGAAGCUAAGUGUUCAGAUCAUUGGGUCAGGGCAGUGCGAGACGCGCGCCUGCGCAGACAUGGCUGUAGACGCGGAUAGUGGCCUGGGUAAUGAUGAUGACUGGCAGAUUCGUCCUGUUCCUGUUGACACUUCCGGUAGCCAGGUCCUUUGCAUUAAGAACAUUUCGGAGUUCAAAAGAACGAGAGCUAUUUUCUCAGUGGUCAAAAUUAAGUGAAGGAAAUACUAGACAAGAGCAGGAACGAUGUAAAAGAGAGAAGACUUGAAGUGGAGAACAGUAGUCUCGUGAGGCGUGACUAGUGGACCAUCUAAUAAACACUGAUUCAAGCAUCGGUUCCCUCCCGGUAACGCAUCUAUACUGAACCUAUCGUGACAGUUAAGGUGGCACGCCAUGUUUCGUUUUGCUAACAAUGCUUUAGGAAAAGAAAUGUAAGCAAAACGCAGCGCUUUAACGUUAUGAGGCGGCCCAAAGAACGCCUUUGAAGGAGACUAGGGCAAGACUGGCGUGUGUAUCUUUUUACCCGCCAGUCGUAUUUCAGUAAAACACAAAAUGUUUUUGGGAGGAAGAAUGUGCAACAACCUCUUAACUAGUAACGUAAUUAUUCUUACCGUGUACGUAAGAGGAUUCUCAGCUAAGAAAAUUUCAUUCUGCCGCGGAAAAACACCCGUGAAUUGCUGAAUAUAGACAUAUAUGAGAUGAAUUAACGUGUUUAUUUAUUUAAUAUACGAUUAAAAUGACUGGAAAAAACUCUA